AUGUCCAACUACCAGGAUCCCGAGCAAGUCUACGAUUUAGAGAGAGACUUUCUCGCGCCUGCUAGGAGCCCUGGGCUGAAGCCUGUAAACAUCAACUACAAGCCGGUCGUCACUCCUCCACCACUUGUGCCCAACUACCCGUCUUCGGAUUCCUCGGACGAAGACGAAGCUUGUGAGGACGGUCCUUCUGGGCGUCAGAGGACAAGCCGAAAAAGUCGGACUGACCCAUCCUUGAGCGAUGGUACACUGAUACGUUCACUAGAUCCAAACCAGGUCGAGCUCGCAAGAUUCGCCGAGAAACAUGCACUUGCCUCUGGCUCCGAGGAGGAGGAAGAGGAGGAGGGCAAUCAGGCCGAAACGGGAGAAACCCGAAUGAUGAUUCAACACAUUGCCGCCCAGAAUAAUGCGUCGGCGCGGGCUAAUAUCGCAGAGGAAUGCCUGCUCAACGACAAUGAUGGAGACUUCCCUAUGAUCGACUCCCCCAGAGGUGUGCACGAUGGUGGACAGGCCCUUCACCCCCCUGUGUCUCGGGAUACCUACGGCUGCGAUGGACUGCCCCAAACGCAGCAGGGCUUGACACCAAGAAAACAUGAGAAGCAGCCCGAGAGAGGCGAGAUCACGAUACAGUACAGACCGGCUCCUCCGUUGGCAAAGGAACUGUUGCCGCUGGACCAUGGAAAUCCCUAUCGUGAUCGUCAUGAUUCCCUCAUCACAUCACCGGCUUUGGGAAAAUACGCCAUGACCCCUCGGUUUCCAGAUCCCGAUGUGAUCUUGCCUGCCAUCCAAAAGUCUCCCCCCCGAUUUUCUCCCGCGUCGUCGCCACAACACACGCAAACACUUCCUCCGCUGAGAACGCACCUGGGCGGUUAUGAAGCGAAUUCGCCAGGGUUCACUGGUGUGUCACCCCUUAUGGGUCGCCCAUCCCCCGGUCUUAUGCUAUCUCUUGGUCCGUCUCCUCCGUUUCACCCGCCCAUGCAUGCUUCAGCCAUGUCCCCUCCAGCUAUACCUGUGCAAUUUUCAUCAUGGCGGUCAACAACACGAGACAGCUCAAUAUCCGGCUCCUCGGAGCCUACACCUCCCAGCUCUGGAGCAGCGUCUACUCCAACUUCCUCGAUAGUUAUGGUCCAAUCACCGGCAGCGGUGAUGAGCGUACAGAAUUUGGCUCCGAUCCAAAAUGGCAAACGUUCUUCGGUGUCGGAUACCCACCCGAUAGAUUCGUCUGCCAGGACUGCAUCCGAUGCGCAGCCUACAUCUGAAGAAGAGGAGGAGGAUGGGGAGAGAAAGCUAUCGAAUGAUCUCCCGGCAAUGAGUCAACUGACGGCAGACGGUUCGUAUCAAUGUCUGUACCCAGGUUGCACUGCUUCCCCGUUCCACACGCAAUACCUACUCAACAGUCACAUGAAUGUGCAUUCGGAAACCAGGACGCAUUUCUGUCACGUUGCGGGUUGCCCACAUGGUCCCGGGGGUAAGGGUUUCAAGAGGAAGAACGAGAUGAUUCGGUAA